GCCGGUAACCGAACUACCCAUUGAAAGCACACUGAGCCACUUUCUUUCUUCCCUCCACCAUCCGAACGCGUCUCCUCCGUAUUUUUCACGAUGCCCAAAAGAAAACCUUACAACGGAACAGAAAGGAAACUCGUUAUAGCCAUGGAUCUUGGCACGACAUUCUCUGGGGUGUCAUAUAGUAUUCUCGACCCUGGUCGAGUACCGGAAAUCAAGGGCGUAACAAGGUUUCCGUCCCAGGAGCAUGUCGGCGGCGACGCCAAAAUCCCUACCAUCAUGUACUACGACCAGGACGGAAGCGUCAAAGCGGUCGGUGCAGAAGCGCUAAAACAAAAUGUGAUUGAAGACGCCGAGGACGAGGGUUGGCUCAAAUGUUCCCUGUUCAAAUUACGCUUGAGGCCUCCUUCUACAACUUCAGAUGUGAUUACCGAGGCAAUUCCACCUCUUCCAGACGGAAUGGACAUCGUUGCCGUAUUCGCCGACUUCUAUGCGUACCUCUUUGAGUGUACGAAGACUUUCAUUCUGGAUACGCACCAGAAUGCCGCCUCGAUUUGGAAAUCGGUAGAGGAAAAUAUCGAAUUUGUUCUUAGCCAUCCCAACGGAUGGGAAGGACCUCAGCAAAGCAAAAUGCGGGAGGCGGCUAUCGAUGCCGGAUUAAUCCCUGAUGACGAUGGCGGGCACUCGCGCGUUCAUUUCGUCACCGAAGGAGAAACUAGUCUUCACUUCUGCGUCAACCAGGGACUCGAAUCUUAUAUACAAGAUGGGGAAGGCGUCGUGAUUGUCGACGCUGGCGGAGGAACUGUUGAUAUUAGCACUUAUUCAAGCAUUCAGUCACCGAACGCUGACAGUUUUGCGUUCGAAGAAAUCUCGGCUCCAGCUUGCAACUUUACCGGUUCUGUCUAUGUAACCGCUCGCGCAAAGCUAUUUCUUGCGGAAAAGUUGGCGGGAUCUCGGUUUGCCGAUGAAGUCGAACUUAUAGCGGAAUGUUUUGAUGCAACUACGAAGCUUCGAUUUAGAGACAUUGAAGAGGCCUCGUUUAUCAAAUUCGGCACCAUGAAGGACAGAGAUCCUAAGCUAGAUAUUCGCUCUGGACAGCUGAAGUUGGCAGGGUCCGAUGUUGCCAGCUUCUUUGAGCCAUCAAUAGCGUCUAUGAUUCGAGUUAUAGAUAAUCAACGAGCCAAAGCCACAAAACCCGUUUCGUCGGUCUUUCUUGUCGGCGGAUUUGCGGCAAGCGAUUGGUUAUUUUCCAAGCUGAAAGAACAUCUAGAACCGCUCGAAAUACAAUGUUCCCGGCCAGAUAGUCAUGUAAAUAAAGCUGUUGCUGAUGGUGCCCUGUCAUUCUAUCUGGACCAUGUCGUGGCCGCUCGUGUGUCCAGAUACGACUAUGGCAUUUCGGUAUACACGCAUUAUAACCCAUACGACGCUGAACAUUACGUUCGUAGCGGCACAACUUUCUACGAUGGAGCUGGAGCGCUUUCUAUUCCAGGCCAAUUCUCCAUCAUACUUCCCAAGGACACACAAGUCUCGGAAACGACAGAAUUCCGCCACUCGUUUUCUCGAAAUUCAAUUCAUCUGGCCGAUCUGCAGUACAUAACAACAGAUAUAAAAUGCUACCGCGGUGUAAGAAUUGAAGAUCCCCGUUGGAUAGAUAAGGAACCAGAUGCGUACUCGCUUUUUUGCACUGUCGCGGCAGACACUUCUGAAGUGGCCAAGUCUCUCAAGCUUCGACGGAGGCCGGAUGGAGGAUCAUACUUCGCUCUUGUUUUUGAUAUUGUUCUCUUGUUUGGAAGGACAGAACUCAAGGCGCAAUUAAGCUGGAAGGAAAAUGGCGUAGAGAAGAGGUAAAGCGAUCAUUUCCUUCCUAUAUACCGCGGUAAUGAGAGCUCAUGCUGUUGGAAUUACUGUGGCUGUACGAGCCAUCGGAAUCAACCGGCUCCGAACCCGUUACGUACCGUACCCGCCGUUUUCUUUUCUUUACCGUUUACCACCAUGUCGACAUACUAGGUAUAAACGAGUUGCUCAUUUUCGUUCCCUCCCGUGCUCGAAUUUCAACACA